GCCACGGUUACAAAAGACCACCGGAAGUAACCGUGUCUCGAAUCGCUAGCAUGCUAACGGCUGCGAACCAGCGUUUCUGUUUUGGUUCAUGGUGAUGGCCCAAAGUGUAAAACGUGUAAAACAUCAAAAACGUGCGGGAGGAAACAUCCGAUCGAUGGCGUCACGGAUCGGCUCCCCACAAGACAUUUCACUCCGCGUUUUUGUCGCUGAAAAAAGCCGUUGUCGGUGCGGGACUAUUUUGCGUCGUCUCAGACAAACAGCACGAGGAGCGUGGCAAAAAAAGGAAAGGCCAAACGCACGCCGACUCGGGACAACACGCGUCCACGUAGCCGGCCGGGACAGUGAGAAAGUUGAGAGGAAGCAGGUGAAGAUGAACGCUGAUGAUGUCACGAACGGCGUGGCCUGCACGCUGAAGCCGCCGGUGUUUCUUCACUUAGGAGGCGAAGAUGCCAAAACACACACACGUUGCUCGGGCGUGUGCGUGAUCGACGUCACCCUACCCCCGGGGAAAACUGUCAAUAUUGAGACCAUCGACUUUAAGAAUUUCUACACGGCGUUGGUCAGCGUGAGGCUGCAGAAGCGGAGUCCCGGCCAGGAGGGGGCGGCGGCCGAGUGGCGCACGGCCCUCGGGGACCGCCCCCUCAUGAGCAACCCGCACACGGAGGCGGGCGCGCAGGACUACUACAGCAUUCACAGGAACCAGAUGCGAGUGGAGCCGGACGACGUCUCGUCCGUGCGACUCAUCCUGAAGCAGCCGUCGUCCGCCUGGUCGACCUUCGGCGUAGAGGACGUCCGCAUUUCCCCGCACACGCAACCUGAGCCUGACAAGGAGCUCUCUGAUUGGCUGUUGGCUCUAAACCUUGUUGACCCAGACCCACAUGUUCCGGGCCCGGUGGACGCUGCGUCCGUCUCCUGCAGUCUUCAGCAGAUGUGGGCGUUGACCCAAGUGAUGCAGAGCAGUCAGAGCUCCACGACCUCCGUCGGACGCUUCGAUGUGGAUGGCUGUUAUGAUAUAAGUUUAUUAUCCCUGACAUAAAACACAUUUUGAAAAUCUGAA